AUGACCUCUACUGUCACUGAAAGCUCUAUUGGUACUACCAUUCCUACGUCUACUUUGGCACACGAGGAUGAAGAUACAUCAUUCAACUCAGAUUCACCUCGAGUAGACUUUACAGAUGGCUGUAGUUUGAUCCCUUCGCCUCCCCCAUCGCCCGGUCCCAUCCGUACUGACUCCAUUCGAUCGUCAAGGUCUGGAUCUAGACCUGGAUCAGGCUCAGCUUCUGGAUCAGGCUCUUUGCCAGCAGCAGCAACGUCGGUAGCUACAUCUAUGUCUACGCCGACAACAACAACAACAACAACAAUAGCUACAAAAGCCCCUAUUGCCAUUGUGAUUAAUACUCGUCGACCCUCACAGGAUAUAGGACAUAUAAGUGUUAAGAGCGCUAGUAUUAAUACUAGCCUGUUGGAGGAGCCCAAGGUGUCAUUGCUCUCUACCAGUUACCCACCUCCUCGUCCUUCAAGAACAUCGAUUCCAGAGGAAGAUGAAGAAGAAGAGGAAGAAGAGGAAGAAGAAAGAGGGAAGAAGUCAGCCGUGGCUGACUCAAAAACGACAUUACUCUCUUCGUCCUCCUUGUUGGGAGGAAGAUUAAGUUCUUCACAGCUCCAUGGAACUUCACCCCCUUCUCCCUUGUCCUCUCGACCUCUAGUCUCAUUUGAUCAACACUUUUCGAACCAGGCCAAGGUUAAGGAUUACAGGGAACGAGAUAGGGAUAGAGAUAGUAGCACUACGCCUCGCAAUAAUGUGUCCUCAUUAAGCAAUGGAAUGAGCAUAGGAGGUGGGGCUCAUCAAGGGAUGAAUAAUGACUUUGAUGCAUCUUUGGGUGGAGCUGUCAAACGAGACUCUUACUCAAAUCGUCGCCAGAGUAUGGCCACUGCUAUGGGAAAACGUCCUGGUGCUGCGCCGGCUGCCAUCCAGGAAGAGGAGGAGUAA